GGCUGAUUGGGGUCUCGAUGGCGCUAUCCUUCCAUACUUCCAUGUGCACGCGAAUAUUGUUUUUAUGAAACUUGUAGUGCAGUGUGGAUAUUUGGACAUGUUUUGUGAGCGAGGAAGUGCUUCCGGGUCUUUCGGCGAUUGGUGAGAUUUGUCGUCGUUUGUGCGAUUUCAGCAUGAGCGGAUACGAGUGUUCAAAGUUUUCGCAGUGCUACCACACCGGGAGUCAUCUGACAAAUCAUGUCCAGAUAGCUCAUGGUGACCCGGACUUUAAUUCUGUUUGCAAGUUGGAAGAGGUUGAUGGGAAGACGUUACUAAACUUGUCUGUGUGGAUGAUUGAGCAGUUGCUCCCUGCUAUGAAACUGCAAGUCAAACUGCUAAAACUGAUUGAACAGCUAAAAGGAGACAUAAAAGAAAGCUUGCCUGGACCCUCCAAUGUGCCUCGUGCUAGUAACACAGCAGCCUCAGUUUGGUCUACAGAGGUUGUAAGGAAUGUAUUGCCACAGAGAUAUACUCUCGCAUAAUUUCCCUCGCUACUGUUACAGAGGCUGUGUGAAAAGAGUGAACUGUUCCUUCAACCACAGCAAAAUGAAGCACGAACAAAGUUGGUCGCUGCGUUGGCAGGCGACAUUCUGAGCAAAACUCCGAAAGCAGCAGCAUUUGAAGUCCUCACUUAUAUAUCUUAAA